CUUGACUCGUCCGGGCCUGGGCUGGGCUGAAAUUAGGACACUCGGCCGUGGCUUGCCCCUUGGAGCUCAGGGCCAGGUGGAAUGCGUGGUCCGACCGGGCCUCAUGAACUCCACGCUGGCCUUUCUAGCUGACAUCAACUCCUUGCGCACGAGUACAAAGACAGCCUCUCUCCACCUUUUCAAUUGCUGCUGCCAACGUGCACCUAUUCCUCGCCCGUCCCCCAGUCAAACAUGAAGGCCCUCAUUCUCGUCGGAGGCUUUGGCACCCGCCUGCGCCCUCUGGUGCGCUCCCCCGCUCGCCCCCUGCUCAGACGCAGCAUUGACAGUCGCGCAGACCCUCACCUUGCCCAAGCCGCUGGUCGAGUUUGCCAACAAGCCCAUGAUCCUGCAUCAGGUUGAGAGCUUGGCCGCCGCCGGCGUCACGGACAUUGUGCUCGCCGUCAAUUACCGCCCUGAGAUAAUGACGGCCGCGCUGAAGGAGUAUGAAGCAAAGUACAACGUGCGGAUAGAGUUCUCGGUCGAAAACGAGCCCCUGGGCACCGCCGGUCCGCUCAAGCUGGCCGAGAAGAUCCUCGGCAAGGACGAUUCGCCAUUCUUCGUCCUGAACUCGGAUGUCAUUUGCGAAUACCCCUUCAAGCAGCUCGCCGACUUCCACAAAGCUCACGGCGACGAGGGAACCAUUGUCGUCACAAAGGUCGAGGAGCCGUCCAAGUACGGUGUCGUCGUACACAAGCCGGGCCAGGCCUCGCGCAUCGACCGCUUCGUCGAGAAGCCGGUGGAGUUUGUGGGCAAUCGGAUCAACGCGGGUAUCUAUAUUCUGAAUCCCUCGGUGUUGAACCGCAUCGAGCUGCGUCCUACGUCCAUUGAGCAAGAGACGUUCCCCGCCAUUUGCAAGGAUGGUCUGCUGCACAGUUUCGAUCUCGAGGGUUUCUGGAUGGAUGUUGGACAGCCCAAGGAUUUCCUUGCUGGAACUUGUCUCUACCUGUCCUCGCUGGCCAAGCGCAACUCGAGCGAGCUUACGCCCACCACGGAGCCGUUUGUUCACGGCGGCAACGUUCUCAUCGACCCUACGGCCAAGAUUGGCAAAAACUGUCGCAUAGGACCAAACGUGACGAUUGGGCCGAAUGUCGUCAUUGGCGAUGGUGUGCGUCUGCAGCGUUGCGUCGUGUUGUCUGGUAGCAAGGUCAAGGAUCACGCCUGGGUCAAGUCGACCAUUGUCGGCUGGAACAGUUCGGUUGGUCGCUGGGCGCGUCUGGAGAAUGUCACGGUUUUGGGUGAUGAUGUUGCCAUUGGCGAUGAGGUCUAUGUCAAUGGAGGCUCUAUUCUGCCGCACAAGAGCAUCAAGCAGAAUGUGGAUGUGCCGGCCAUUAUCAUGUAACGGCUUAAUUCCGCCUAUUCGAUCGCCUCGACUUUCUCUGGCUGCUGUGUCUAUGCAGCUCACCUUUGGCCAUCUGUUUACCCUCCGAGUCCCGGAUUUCGUCCCAAGUACCCCUCGCCGCGGUUUAUCUUGUUCCCCCCGUGGUAUCUGCAGUUUUAAUCGGUUCGAGGCCGCGAAUUUUCGAUUCGACGACAGAAUACAAAAGCGACUCUGUUCAGCGGACGCCCGGUCUUAUUUCGUCUCUCCGCAUGUGGACUUUUUUGUUCGUUUUUUCGUCCACCGGUUUUUUGUAUGUUUGAUGAGUCUGAUUCUUCUGAUUCUUUUUUCUUUUUCCUGAUGGCUAUGGUUUUGCUAUGAUGGA